AUGAUACACCAACUUAUUGCCUUGGCCCUCUUUGCCACAGUCCUCGAAGCUGCUCCUUUGCCAGCUGUCAUAACGAGGUACCACACUGCCCCCACAGUUACAACCACACAGACCUACACAACCGGUACCACCACGUUGUAUCUUCCACCAGUGCAAUUGUUCAUCUCUAACGGAGUGAGCUACACCUUCACAUUAUCCAACGAAGAAUGGGCCACCACACCCCAGACUCGUACUAGCAUAGUGGACCUGAAUACAGGAGCAGAAGGCGCUCCUGCUCCGGGUACCACCACCUCCACCACUGCGCCAGCACAACAGACUGCUGGUCCAGCUCCACAGCCAACUACCGAAGGUCCUUCUCCACAGCCAACCACCGAAAGUCCUUCUCCACAGCCAACAACUGAAGGCCCUGCUCCACAACCAACCAGCCAAACCCCAAUCGCUUCAUCCACGGCUUCAGCACCAGCCCAAGUCUCAUCUCCUUCAUCCCCAUCUCAGCCAACCCCGAACGCUCCAACUUCCGUGGCUAUCUCAACUGAAACUCCACAGGAACCUACAUCUUCCACUUCUUUGACGCCUAUCUCCACUGGCACUACUCUCAGCACUGCUGUUUCCUCCUCUACUUCCUCGUCGUCCUCUGCUGCUUCGCCAACCUCGUCUGGCCAAAUCACUCCCCCCUCUGUCAUCGUGUACUCACCUUACCAGGACAACGGAAGCUGCAAGGACCAGGGAACCAUUGACAGCGACCUCGAAUUCAUUUUCAGCAAGGGCAUCAAGAAGCUCAGAAUUUAUGGAACUGACUGCAACCUUUUCACAGCCACCUUGCCAAAAUGCUCCCAGUUGGGAAUCACCGUCAACCAAGGAGUCUGGUUCACCCCUGGCCAGGGUGCAGACUCCAUUGACGGCUCGGUUCAAGACAUCAUCGAUUACGGUAAAUCUCAAGGAUGGAGCGUAUUCGAUGUGAUCACUGUUGGAAACGAAGCUGUCAACGACAACGUUCUUAGCGUGUCACAAUUGACUUCCAAGAUCUCGUCCGUCAAGCAACAGUUGAACAACAAUGGCUACAACGGCCACAUUACCACUUCGGAACCUCCUGUUUCAUUCACCAGACACCCCGAAUUGUGUAAUGAUUCCGAGAUCGACAUUGUCGGAAUCAACCCCCACUCCUACUUCGAUCCCAGUGUCGAUGCCAGCCAAGCAGGUUCCUUUGUUGCUGGUCAAAAGAAAUUGGUCGAGGCUGUCUGUGGCUCCAAGCAGGUUGUAAUCACCGAAACUGGGUACCCAUCGCAAGGUGACCUGAACGGUGCUAACCAACCAUCCCCAGAAAAUCAGCAAAUCGCUAUCAAAGCAAUCUUGGACAGCACUGGAGGUGAUGUCACAAUUUUGACUACUUACAACGAUUUCUGGAAACAUCCAGGUCCUCACGGAAUCGAACAAUACUUCGGAACUAUUCAAUUAUUUAGUUAG